CCAUAAAACCUGCGGUUAGAUAGUACUGGUAUAAAUAAAAACCCGUUGAGCAAAAGAGCGAGAAAAUGGAGGUGGUGGAAGACAUGCUGUAUCUGCAAUUGCACAAGUUAUCAGCCAUUAAAUCAGAGGAAGCAGUCCAACAAUUGCUUUCCAUUCUGUGGAAAACAAGGAGAACUGGUCUCCGCGACAAGUCCCACUUGCAGUCUCUCCUGAAUCUUCAGUCACUCUCCGACCUCGACCCCGUUCUGGCAUGCCUUCGUUCGCUCAUCCGAAAAUGGGUACAUGAAAGCUUGACUGCCAACCACCUUUUGAAGCUCUUCCCACCCGAUUUGCCCCUCCAUUUGCAGACCCUUUUGGUCUUGUCCUUCCAGAAGUAUCAGUCUCAAUGGAAGGACGAGAUAGCCAGAGAACAGCCCAGAGGAACCGGUGUGUGUUCAACCCCUUUGGGUAUGUCAGGCUCAUUGCAUGAUGAUCAUGUUGCUCAAUUAACUCCACGACAUGAAUUCACUCCCAUGUCUCCUCGCAACUUGGGAAAUCUACCUCGUCUGAAGUCAAUGACUUGGACCAUGGAGAACUGUAACUCCGGAUCAGCUAACAAAGUGGCCGUCAUUAAUCUCAAGCUGCAAGACCAUACCAAAUCUAGUCUAGAUGAAAUCGAGGUGAAGUUCCAACUGACUAGGGACACUCUUGAAGCAAUGAUGAGGUCAUUGACCUACAUCAGAGAACAACUCUCAAGCAUGGUUGCUGCUUCUGGGCCGUCACCGAAGAAGCAAAAGCAGUCAGAUCAUGUGGUUUGAUACAAUUUAGUGCAGAUAAAGCUAACUUGUCUAACAAAUCCUAUGUCCUUCUUUCACUAAUACUUUUUGUUCUUUCUUUUUUCUAAUGUUAAAUUGAUGUUAACUCCUACUAUUUUUAGAUGUGAUAGUUGUUGCUUUUGUUACUGG